GUUUCAUUUUGUAGCCGCUAGCAGCCGUUAGCGAGCGAAUGUCCGCCGUUCUCUUGUUGCUAUGGAGGCGUUCGAUAUCAGCUGAUCGGUCCUGCUAACAUCACUCUAAAGAGGGAUUUCCAUCAUCUUUACCAGGAGGAUUAAAUUUUUCUUAUUGGGUUGUUACUAUUCAAUUAUGACGGCUUAGACACCUACAGGAGGGAUGUCCAAGAUGGGGGGAGGGGUUUGAGAUUGCAUAGCCCUUGGUCUGUGUGUGUGUGUGUGUACAUUUUUAUUUAAUUUAUAAUGUUACACUCAAUCACAUACAGUGUGUUUGAAUGGCUCUGUAGUGUGUUAGACAUGCCUGUGAUAAAUAUACAAGAAAGUAAAUUGUAUACUGAUCCAGGAUGAUCUGAGUGUAACAUUAUUGCAUUUUAAUCAAGCUAUUUACUAUGAAUCAUAUUUUAUUUUACUGCACAGGAUGUGUUUUGUUUGACUACUCUGUUCUGUAACUGAAAGAGAAAUGUUUAAGUUUCAGCUCAGUAUUCAGAGGUGGUAGGUGGAGGUGGUACAGGUCACAUGGUUCAAGGUAUAAAGUCCACAGAGUGAUUUAGAUGCUUGACAGAUACGGAGUGACAGUGGUGAUUUAUGGGCUUUUUCUACCGCGUGAGCCUUAGUUUCAUUUCUUUCGUUAAAUCCCCCACCUUCUCAGCCCCUGAUAUAUUUUACUAGUUUCUGUCUCGGUGUGAGUGACUGUGUGAGAGAAUUAGACCUUGGGUUUUCUCAAACUUCUCUCCCCUUGAAGGACAUCUCUUUUACCCUCCUAUCACUAUAUCUAAAAAAUGGAAACUCUUAUUCAACUUAAAAACAACCAAUUUUUGAUGGGACUGUGCCGCAGUGGGCCUCCACCUGACCUUCAGUAUGACAACUCCUCAGAGCUCUACCGCAUCUCCACCUUUGCUCGUUUCCCAGCUUCAGGAGUCACAGAGCGAAGUCUGGCAAGGGCAGGGUGGUUUUACACUGGUGUGGGCGACCGUGUGCAGUGUUUCAGGUGUAACGUGACUGCAGAGGGCUGGCAGGCUGGAGACUGUCCGACAGAGAAGCACAGACAGCUUUCUCCCUCCUGCUCCUUCAUCCAGAGCCUCCCAUCCACAGCCAAUCUGCUCUCCUCCUCACACUCUGCCUUCUCUCCUCUCCGCAUCGCCCCAGCUAUACCACUUUCUGGUCCAGGCCCGGCUACUGCUAACCCAACGAUAAGUCAAGGUGAAGAACCAGUCGGCUAUCUAAACAUGGGCUUCUCUGCUCCACCGCCCUCCAGCCCUCUUAGCUCCCGAGGAGUGGAAGACAUGUCCCACCAGAGACCGACAUGCCACAACCCCAGCAUGCGCAGAGAGCAGGACCGCCUUGACUCCUUCCACAACUGGACGCUCUCCAUCAUCACCCCUGCAGAGCUCGCCAAGGCGGGCUUCUACUACCUGGGCCAGGGUGACCGAGUGGCUUGCUUCAGCUGUGGAGGACAGUUGAGUAACUGGGAGCCAGGCGACAGAGCUGUGUCUGAACACCAGAGGCAUUAUCCGAACUGUCGUUUUGUCCGCGGGGACAGAGCUGACAAUGUGUCGCUGGGUGGAGCUUCAGGAGCUGCGUCUGGAGCAGUAACCUCCCAAAUGUCCGCAGGAGCUCCAGCCCUCAGUAAUGUGUCCAACCCCGCCAUGCAGCAGAGUGAUGAGAGGCUGCUCACCUUCGUCAACUGGCCGUCCCGUAUCCCUGUCAGGCCUGACCAGCUGGCUAAAGCUGGCUUCUACUAUGUUGGUCGCAACGAUGAUGUAAAAUGCUUCUGCUGCGAUGGAGGCCUGCGAUGCUGGGAGUCUGGAGACGAUCCCUGGGUGGAACACGCUAAAUGGUUUCCUCGGUGUGAAUAUUUGCUCCAGGAGAAGGGACAAGACUUUGUUCACCAGAUUCAGGCUCGUUUUCCUCGUCUGUUUGAGCAGCUGUUAACAAACGGAGACAGCAGCUCCAGAGAGUUUGUGGAUCCACCUGUGGUUCACCUCGGCCCCGGUGAAGAGCGCUCCGAGGAUGCCGUCAUGAUGAACACUCCUGUGAUUAAAUCGGCUUUAGAGAUGGGCUUCGAUCGCAGUUUAGUCAAGCAGACGGUCCAGAGCAAGAUCCUGACCAGCGGUGAGAACUACAGGACAGUCCAAGAGCUGGUCUCAGACCUGCUGAGUGCGGAGGACCAGAAAAGGGAAGAGGAGCGAGAGAUGUUGGCUGAAGCAAUGGCAUCAGAUGGUUUCACCUUUGUGAAGAGACACCAGGCAGCAUUAAUCCAGCGCCUGAAGAGUGUUGAACCAGUGUUGGAGCAUUUAAGAGAACAAAAUGUUUUAUCUGCCGAGGACUACAGCAGCCUUCAGGCUCAGACAUCAGCCCAGCAGCAGACCGCCAAGCUAAUAGAGCUCGUCCUCACCAAGGGCAACGCUGCAGCCGAGGUCUUCCGCAACUGGAUCCAAAAAAAUGAUGUCCACUUGCUCCGAGAUCUCAUGGCUCAGUCGAAUGAAGCUGCGUCACCAAGCCAGGAUCUUUCAGAUCUCCCCAUGGAGGAGCAGCUGCGGCGCUUGCAGGAGGAGCGCACCUGUAAAGUGUGUAUGGAUAAAGAGGUUAACAUCGUCUUCAUCCCAUGUGGACACCUGGUGGUGUGCAAGGAGUGUGCACCGUCACUGCGAAAGUGUCCAAUCUGCAGAGGCCUGGUUAAAGGCACUGUCCGAACUUUCCUCUCAUGAGCAAGAUGUUCAUGUGUCAAUGUGAUUAAAAGCAGCAAUAUAACACAAAUCUGUAAUCUAAUUUUAAUCAUUUUUUAAAAAUCUAAAAUGUAUUUAACCUGUACCUGGUAAUUAGGGCUGGGCAAAUAUCACCAUGUUUUUGAACAUAUACCUCAACAUUCAUUUGUAUUGUUGGAUUGAAAAUUGGUACUCUCAAAUAUUAACAUUGAAAUUUGAUAAACAGCAGUAGUGUGGUCAUAAGUGGGUAAAGACUAAAUUCAGAAGAUUAAUCACUUUACUGCCUUUAAAACCAUGAAGACAUGUAUCCCAUAGUCACAGUACUACAAAGUCCAAAAUGUUAAUAUCACAAUAGAUAUUACCCAGCCCUUCAGUUCAAGGCCCCUAAUUUUCCAAACAUGAUCGGGCGAGUGAUUGAAAAGCAAACUGAUCAGUACAAAUAACUGAUCUGCAUUAAAAUCAGUCACAUUAAACUAAUCUGUAGUUUAUAUUACAAUUUAGCUCAAAAUUGAGCUGAUUCCAAAUCCUUUAACACACCAACACUAGUUGUAAUAAACUGGAAAUGUAAUGCACUCAUUUUCUGUUUGACAACACCCAACUAUAUCACCCAGAAAAACAAAAAACAGCCUUUAUUAAG